AUGGAACCAAGGCUUGGAGACAAAUUCCUGAGUGGUUUAUGGAAAGAAUCAAAAGCUAUUUUAAAACUGAUGAUAUUAACCGUACCAACUCAGUUAUUGGUGGCUCUCCCUUGUUCACUUUGUAUUAUGUUUGAUGGACAUGUUAGUGUUACAGCUUUGGAUGCUGUGGGUAUUGGAUUGGCGUAUAUUUAUUCCACGGCGUUUUCUACAUCUAUCGGACUAGGCAUCACUUGUGAGGUUCUGUUUUCACAGGCACACGGAAGUACAAAACGCUCAUCACUUGGUCUCGUCAUUCAGCGCUGUCUCGUGAUAUCUUUUCUUCUCUUUUUAUUGAAUGGAGCUGUGGCAACCCAUUCUUAUAUUCCUAUCAAAUUUCUUGGAAAAAGUGACCAAACGGUAGAGGAAUAUUAUCAUUUUAUGCUUGCUGCAAUUCCAGGAUUUUGGGGAUUUUCUAUAAUGUUGAUCGAAAUGAAAUAUUUACAAUGUCAGAAAAUUGUUAAACCGUGUGUUGUAAUAGGAAUUAUUGUGAAUAUUUUACAUGUUAUGUUUGGUAUACCUAUAACAUUGUGGACUAGUUUAGGUUCCAUUGGAACUGGUUUAUCAUUCAGCCUCACCUAUUGGUUGUGGGCGAUUCUGCUUUUCGUUUAUAUCAAACUGAGUAAAGUUUAUGUCGAAACAUGGGUUCCAUGGUCAACAGAAUGCUUCAAUUAUUGGUGGCCGAUUCUCAAAAUAGCCAUUCCAAAUGCCUUCAUGUUGGCUCUAGAGUUUAGUCUUUUCCAAGCAUUUAUUUUUCUCUCCGCUAUGUUGGGUAGCUACUAUUUAUCUGUUUAUCUCAUUGCUGCUAAUAUUUCCGAAUUCACUUUCAAUAUGUAUCUUGGUUCAUCCAGUGCUGUUAUUAUACAGAUUGGAAACUAUCUUGGAAAUGGCGAUUACAAAAAUGCUAAAUUGACAGCACAAGCGUCUGUGUUUCUAGUAGCAUGUCAGUCAGUCGUAGAUUCUUGUAUAAUAUUAGCACUAUGUUAUGUGUUACCUUUUUUAUACAGUAACGAUAAUCUAAUUAUUAGAGAAUCCAGACCACAAAUAAUUCUAAUGGCCAUAGUUCAUUUAUUGACUGGAGUAGGAUAUAUUUACGGAGGUCUUCUGAAAGCCUGCAGUAAACUGCAAUUUGUUAUGAUAGCCCGUAUCGUGUGUUGCGGAAUUAUUGGGCUUCCUGUAGCAUACUGUCUCAUGUUCUUGGCUAAGUUAAACUUGUAUGGGGCCCUGAUAGCCUUAAAAAUAUCAUUUGUUUUACAAUGUAUUUUUACCUCCGUGAGAGCACAUUUUUUAAAUUGGAAACAAGAAGCAUAUUUAGCUGUAGAACAGGUUCAUAAAACAACAUCAAUUGAUAAAGACCAUUAUGAAGACUUGGUAGAAGAUGUAAACUCUGUAAAAGAAUCGACAAAUUUGGUUUCAAAACCUCCAAAUAUAAACUGGAAGACACUGUUACAGAAAGGUUUCUUUAUCGUGUUAUUUACGGCUGUGUUUAUAGGAUCAAUUUAUAUUAGUGUUUUAGAUAGAGUUUAG